CGUUUAUCAUUUGUGUACCUUAGAAAAAGCUUGUGGCGAAGGGGGGCAAAAAAAAGAAGCAAGUUCUGAAGUUUACGUUGGACUGCACCCACCCCGUAGAAGACGGAAUCAUGGAUGCCGCCAACUUUGAGCAGUUUCUUCAAGAGCGAAUCAAAGUGAAUGGAAAAGCUGGGAACCUCGGUGGAGGGGUUGUGACCAUUGAAAGGAGCAAGAGCAAGAUCACUGUAACUUCUGAGGUGCCUUUUUCCAAAAGGUAUCUGAAAUAUCUCACCAAAAAGUACCUGAAGAAGAAUAACCUACGUGACUGGUUGCGCGUGGUUGCUAACAGCAAAGAGAGCUAUGAGUUGCGUUACUUCCAGAUAAACCAAGAUGAGGAAGAGGAGGAAGAGGAGGAUUAA